UCCCUACUCGGUCGCGCUCAGCCGGUGGCAGAGAAGCUCGUGCCAGUUCUACGGGCAGGUCCGUGGGAGAGGUCUGCGCUGUUCGCGGUGUACGCUGGCGAAGGAUCCGUUUCCUCUACUUCUCCUCUCCUGCUAUACCAAACUCCAUUCUCUUCGGUUUGACUAGGAAUAUAUCUGCGCGUGCAUGCUCCGGUUUAACGCAGCUGGGAUGCAUGUGAUGAGCAGCAUCUCUCCAGCCAAUGAGAAAAUAGUUUCCAGGAAGUGGGUGCGGUCGCAGUUAUGAUGUCUCUGCCCCCUGCCUCUACAAUCCCUGUCACUGAUGGCAACAAGACUGGACCUCCUCCCCCUCCUCCUCCCCCUUGCGGCCCUCCUCCCCCACCCCCUCCACCUGGCGCGGGAGACCCCGUAGGAGGGAUAAGGAAGAGGAGGGUCCGGAGCUUCUUCUGGAAACCCAUACCUGAAGACCAGGUGAAGGGGCGGGCCAACCUGUGGACACAGCUUCCUGUGCAGCAGCAGGAGUACUACAUUGACGUCCAGACCAUCGAGGAGCUGUUUGGUCAGACGGACUGUCAAUCACCUGGGGUUACCUCGGUGACUAGGGGGGGGAAGGCCCGAGGCUCCCUCAGAGAGACCAAAGAAGAGAUCAGUAUCCUGGACUGGAAGAGAGGGAUGAAUGUUGGAAUUUACCUCAAACAGUUCAAAAAGUCCAACCAGGACAUAAUAGAGGACAUUCGCUAUGGCAACAGUCAGUCAUACGGGGCGGAGCUUCUAAAAGAGCUGCUUAAACUACUACCAGAGACCGAAGAGGUGAAGAAACUUAAAGCGUUCCGAGGCGACCCCUCUAAACUCUCACUGGUCGAUUCCUUCAUGUUCCUGCUAACCCAAGUGCCCAGUUUUGAGGUGCGUAUCGAGGCCAUGGUACUUAGAGAAGAGUUUCCCCCAGCCUGUGAGAUCAUGAGUCGUGACAUCGAUGUCCUACGAACCGCCACCAAAGAGCUGCUAGACUGUGAGGAGCUUCACGCCAUCCUUCACCUGGUGCUACAGGCCGGAAACAUCCUCAACGCUGGGGGCUAUGCUGGUAAUGCUGUGGGUUUCAAGCUGUCCUCUCUCCUGUCUCUGGCUGAUACCAAGGCCAACAAACCUGGCAUGAACCUGCUUCACUUUGUAGCUCUGGAAGCACAGAAGAAGGAUGAUAAACUUCUAGAGUUUUCUGGCAAACUUCAGCACGUCCAUAUAGCAGCACGGAUAUCCGUGGAGAACCUGGAUGCAGAGUUCCAGUCGCUGUCGUCUCGCACGCGCUCAGUAGAGGAGAGCAUCCAGGGAGAGACGGAGCUGCUGCAGCAGCUGGACCACUUCCUACAGAGUUCGACAGCAGCCCUGGUUGAGUUGCGAAGGCGGAGACAGGAGUUAACAAAAGAAGGGAACAUUCUGAUCGACUUCUUCUGUGAAGACAAAGAGUCCUUCAGACUGGACGAGUGUUUCAAAGUGUUCCAAGACUUCUGCCUCAAGUUCCAGAAAGCUGUCAAGGACAACCUGGAGCGUGAGCUAAAGGAGGUGGCUCGUCGUCGAUUACGGGAGCUCGAGGAGAAACGCCACUCGUGGGCGGGCGGAGAGGAGGAGGGCGGGGUCCUCGGAAUGCGCAGCAGCAGCGAGACGGACAUAGAGGUGGCCCUUUCCCAGGAGGAGGGGCUUAUCGAGCUUCUCAAUUCCCGCCCAUGCUCGCCGCACAGCCCCCAGAAUGCACUGGGGCGUUCCGGAAGUGUCCGCCGUUCUCGCGGCUCUGCAUCUGCCGCGGCUGACCGUCAGCUGACCAACCUGCUAACCCUAGGCAUCACCUCUGACCUUCAGGUCGUGGGGGGGUCACCGAAUCCCGGGCGCCGACUAUGGAGGGGGGCCGAGCAGCGGGAUUCCUCCCCCAUGAGGUCACCUGAAACUGGGCUGAGGAGUCCCAACAUCUCCCCUCUGACCAGAACCCAGCUCCAGACCCAUGGACCAACUCAACCCCAGAACCAGCACCCUCAGGUAGACUGGCCUGGUCCACACUCCCCCUCCUCUAUAGCCACCUCCAUAGGACCGAGGCACAGUCACCAUAAACCUGACGUCAACUCAAAUCACAGCCCUCAGACAGCAACCGUUGACCACAAACCUAGCACUGACCACAACCAGACCACUGACCCUGACAACAACCACAACCAGAUCACUGACCCUGACCCUGACAACAACCACAACCAGCCCAGUGGUCUGACCGUGAACGUGGAACGGCACACUCUGGUUCCUAAGCUCCGAGCGUUCGACCGCGUCUUGACCCCUCACGGUCACGACCACCACCGCCACGCCGACCAGGGAGAUGUCGUCACCGUCAUAGACCUGGAGGAGGAGGAGAUUCCUGGAGACUCUAUCCUCACGGAUACACAGAAUAAUUCCCAAGGGAGUUCUGAGGGGUGGGAACAGAGGGAGAGGAGGUCAGACUCUUCCAGAAGGAGGGAGGGAGCGAGGGUGGAGGAGGAGGGGGGUGUGUCUCAGACAGAGACGUUGACUACAGAUUAUCGUACUGAUCGAUCUCCAUCCACAGCUAUUCUAGACCUUUCCUCACAUACCCAGAGUGGUGAUAGCCCCACACACAGUCAGGUUGAUCCAACACACCAGCUUUCCGCUUCUUCUAUGGCUGAGUCCCCAGCCAAUAGCAAGCCUUCAGAAUCUCAACCCACCAAUGAGUACUCAGUGCCUGUAUCCACCACUGACCAAUCAGUGCCUGUUUCCACCGAUGAGUCAUCAUCGAUUCCUGGUUCCACCAAUCAGCCGGCAGCAGUGUCUGCCUCUACCAAUCAGCCAGCAGCAGUGUCUCCCUCCACCAAUGAGCUGCCUGCGUCAGUCACCGCUGGUGCCUCUGAUAGGUCAGCCCAUGGUACGAACCCCAAGACCAGCCCCGUCUCUAAGACCUCCAGACCCCCCUCAACAACCACCACCAGCGGGCGAAAGACUGUCAUUCGCACCCUCAACAGCUCAGAGAACCAGGGCAUGAGGCGUGUGGUCCCUAUCUUCAAGGCCAGUCGAUGUGGCUCGAUCCCGGGUAAACAGGUGGAGAAACCCCCUGGCCACCAGAGCUCUGAUCCACGGACCACCACCACCUCCUCCUCUAACCUAGCCGACCGCUCUCCGAGACGGGCAGAGAGGAGCUCCGCCACACCCCGUCGCAAUAGCCUCCAGGCCGAAGACCCCAAGGCCAAGUCUGUGACCACCGCGGGCGCCCGAGACCAACCCCAACCUUCCACACUCCAGAAGAAGCCGUCCUUCCGAAAGCCUCUCCGCCCCGUCGCCCCCCGACCGCCCCCGGAGGAGAAGAUGUGCCGUUCCACCCUCCGAGCCCUCGCUGCCACCGGUGGGGCUGUUCCAAUAGCGGGGGGAGGAGGAGGUAACAGCGGUAACAGCCUCAGUGCCCCUCCGACCCCCUCCCACCGCGGAGGGGUCUCCAACCCCACCCCCCUCCCUGGAUUUGCCCGAAACACAGCCGCUUCCUCUUUCAGACGGACACUCUCCCCCUCCUCUCUCGCCCCCCCGGUGGGUACCCUCACCCCUUCUAAAACCUCCCCCCGUUCCUCCCCCGGACCCUCACCCCUCAGCCGGGCGGGGUCAUUGAGACACCACAGGGUUACCCCCGCGGGCCCUCCAGGCACAGACAGCCCCAUCAGGAGGACACAAAGUAUCAAGGGACCCCUCCGCGCCCCUAUCCUCCACCCCCUGCCCCCGCAGACCUUCCCUGACUCGCUGGCGCACCCUAAAGGCCAUGCAGGGAAAAACAGCAGCAGUUUCGCUGACAAGUCCAGCCACUCCAGAGACUCCAUUAAGGUACUGAAGCCCACCUGGAGAUAGGGGUGGGCUUCAGCAUUCCAAUACUGACAACAUACUUCCUCGCUUCCUUUUCCCCCGGCCUAGUUCCAAUACUGACAACAUACUUCCUCGCUUCCUUUUCCCCCGGCCUAGUUCCAAUACCGACAACAUACUUCCUCGCUUCCUUUUCCCCGGCCUAGUUCCAAUACUGAAAACAUACUUCCUCGCUUCCUUUUCCCCCG